UUUUUUUUUUAGACUCAACGCUAGUCGGUCAACACGUGGGGAGGAGACCCUGACUUUCCACACGGACACAUUUAUGAACCCACCUGAAUCCUGACAUUAAGUCUGUGCUGUUUUCAUCGUGGCGGCCUCGCGGACCUUCAAGUACUGUGUAGCUGUUAGACUCUUGUGGAAAUGCCGCUGAGGUUUCGCUCGGUCGUUCCCUACACGCUGCCCGGGGUCCUGGCGCUGAUCGGCUGGUGGUGGUACAUCUCACGGAAAAAAGAGCGCCACAUGGGCGGCGAAUGCCUGGAGGGCGCCGCCUCUGCUCCGCCCACUGUGGGCCUUAGAACGCCGUCUCCAGCAGAGGGUAGCAACGGGCUAAUAGGAAAAGGCAGCGUAUCCCCCUGUGAUGACCCCCAAAGCCCCGCCCACAGACCCACAGAGGUCAGCACCAGGAGAAUAGACGCCCAAGCCCCGCCCUCACCAGAACGCGGCGGUGAAACGGUACUAAGAGCCGAGGACGCGUCGCGUACGAGUCUGGGAGCGGCUGGACCCGGUGGAGAGGAGGGGCUGCAGACGGAGCCCCGCCCACAAACGGACCACACCGCACAGGAGGUCCAGCCCACCCAGUUUACCAAAGGCACUAGCUCCGCCCCCUCAGGCGUUCAGAGACCAGAACCAGAAGGGGAAGUGGCGAAGCACCAGGGCACCACGGGUCCAGAAGACGAGAUCUGUGUAGUGCCAGCACCAGGGGCGGAGUCUGUGGCCACGCCCACUUCAGCACAGGAGCUCAAAAACCACAUUGGAACCAGCACACCUACCUCCCCUGCUCCGGUCCAAAUCCAGACCUCUACAGUCCAGGUUCCAGCCCAAGACCCCCCCCCCUCGUUACCCGUCCCAGACGACAAAGCGAACGGUGACAGCGAGGAGCCGGAUCUGGAGCUUUUGGCGGCCGGCCUGAUCACUGAAGUCAUCUCAGCAGCUACCAAAGAGGUCCUGGGUGUCACCGACGGCACAAGGCUACGUUCCCAGCAGGACCGCCCUCUGACUGGCCCCUCCCACAUGAGAUGUGAGGCCAGGGAAGUGCUGGAAACUGUGGAGGAGGAGGCGGCGAAGGCGGUGCCUAACGGCUGCUCCUCCUCCACCCCGGCGUGGGCGCCCGGCAGCUCCCAGAAAGGCCCCUGGUCCGCCCACCAGGCAGCCCAGAGCGCACCUCUGCUGAGCGUCAGACUCAAAGGGGACGAGGCGGCGGCGGCGGCGGAGGACUCGGCCUGCAGCACGUGCCACUCGGAGGAUGGCGUCAGCAGCGAGGACCUUCAGAACAGCACGGAUGUGAUCCAGGUCACGGACUUAUCGGCGGGAGACGCCACGCGGCCUCAGGCGGAGGCGGACAGCUCCACAGACGCCGCGGUUUUGGCCUUAAGCGAAGAAGACUCUGUGGACGCGGUGUGUGAUCUGAAGAGGCUGAAUGGGAUGGGCCUGAGGAACGGAGUGCAUGGGACAUGUGACCUGGAGACGGACCAGUCUGGAGGUUCUGACGUGAACAGUAUGGACUCGGUGGACAGUGGCUGCACUAUGGGUGGAGGAGGGGAAAGCCAAACCAACCACCACGCCUCCUCCUCCUCCAGCUCUGAGCUCAUCAUCUGGGAGGUGGAGGUGCCCAAGCAUCUGGUCGGUCGGUUAAUUGGGAAACAGGGCAGAUAUGUGAGUUUCCUGAAGCAGAACUCUGGUGCAAAGAUCUACAUCUCCACCCUGCCUUACACACAGGAGUUCCAGAUCUGUCACAUAGAGGGUACACAGCAGCAGGUGGACAAAGCCCUGGCUCUGAUUGGGAAGAAGUUUAAAGACCUGGACUUGACCAACCUGUACGCCCCCCCGGCCCCCCCGCUGACACUGCCGUCUCUGCCCAUGACCUCCUGGCUGCUCCUGCCCAGUGGGGUGACGGUGGAGGUGAUCGUGGUCAACAUCGUGUCAGCGGGUCAUGUGUUCGUGCAGCAGCACACCCACCCCACCUACCACGCCCUGCGCAGCCUGGACCAGCAGAUGUUCCUGUGCUACUCCCAACCCGGGACCCCUGCCCUGCCCUCCCCUGCAGAAGUAGGUGUAAUCUGUGCAGCUCCUGCAGUGGAAGGCUCCUGGUGGAGGGCUCAGGUCAUCACCUUCUACAAAGAAACCAGUGAAGUGGAGAUCCGAUAUGUGGACUAUGGAGGAUAUGACCGGGUCAAGAUCGACUCCCUGAGACAGAUCAGGUCGGACUUCGUAACGCUCCCGUUCCAAGGCGCUGAAGUCCUUCUGGACAACAUCGCACCCCUCCCAGGAGAGGAUCGGUUUUCGGCCGAGGCCACGUCGGCGUUGGAGGAGAUGACCAGAGGCGUGGCUUUGCUGGCACAGGUGUCCAACUACGACAACAACACCGGCCUCCCCCUGGUCCACCUGUGGAACAUGGUCGGAGACGAGGUCAUCUCUGUGAAUCGUACUCUGGCUGAACGGGGUCUGGGGGUCUGGGUGGACAGCUUCUAACCCCCCCCACCACCACCUCCACCUCUGACCCCCCCACCCUGACACACCACUGGAUCCAAGAAGAGUCUGUUUCUUCUUCUGUUUUUGUUUUUGGUCCUUUUUUUUUUUGUCCUUUUGCCCUUUGACUUUGGAAAACAAAUUAAAGUGUUUUGUUCAGGCAUAAACGGUCCAGAUGGACGCACUGCUUCAGUCACAUACUGCGCUUCUACGAACUAAAACGGCAGAACAGACACAGGGACUUGUACAUUUUUAAAAAGAAAAUCUAUAUUGUAAUUAAAUAAAGGUUCCACCCAUAUUUUUUUCCCCCUUUCCCCAUCGGAAUUAAUUAAUUAAUUUGGCUCUGGGCCUUUGCACACUGACUGGGAAUCUGAAUGCUAUGUGGAAGGACCCCGUUAGACCGGACCACUUAGACCCAGCUCCGUUAGGCCGGACUAUGUAGACCCAGAUUCAUCAGACUGGACUACGUAGACCCACCUCCAUCAGGCUGGACUAUGAAGACCCACCUCCGUCAGACCGGACUACG